AUGGGCUUCCUUCUCUCCUUGCCCUUCCUUCCGCAGGGUCCUUCGCACAACGGGACCACCAGGCGUCCCUCGAAGAAGCCAAGAUGCGAAAAGAAACGGGGGGCCAAGAAGACGACGGCGCCUGGGGUGGGGCUGGCGGAUGAAGCCCACUCGGGAGCCUCCACCCUGGACCUUGAGGCGAGGGUGCCGAACGAGGAAAACCCCCAGGAGAACACGGAGCCCAGGAGGUCUGAGGCCUUCCGGCCCCACCAGCCACAGGAGGGGGAGGAAGAGGAAGGAGACGAGACUGCGUCCACCUCUUUGCAGAUGGAGCCGGAGGAGGCGUCCGGCCAAAUCAGCGAGCCGGACAAUAGCGUUUUCUUGGACGAGGACAGUAACCAGCCUCUGCCGAUGGACCGGUUCUUCGGAAGCAUGGCAUUCACGCAGGACCCCCCACCGGCCGCCUCCUUCUCGCGGAGCAACACCAGCCGGCGGGAGUUCCGAAGAAUGCAUUUUAUUGCCAAAGAGGAGGAAGAGGAGGAGAGCGGAGAAGAGGUGGUCUGAAGGCCCCGCAGAUCUCCCUGAAGGUUGUUUGAAGGCCAGCCAGAACCAACCCUGGGUGAAUUGUCCCUUCUCCCGGGCGCAGUAAAGGCUAAGAAUGCUCCUCGCCGUUGUAGCAUCUUCCAGAGUUUGUGUUCUUCAGGAAGAACCAUCGGCGUGAUGGUGAUGGACGCUGGGCUACUCGCAAGCCAAGGUCCCCGUUUCUGGCGAAGCCCAUGGGUCACAGCAGCCCCGGCGACCAUGUUAACAGAGCCUUGGACGACUUGACAACCCACCACCCAGAAGUUGUGGGUGCUCCAUCAAUGGAGGUCUUCAAAGAGAUUGGUCAGCCAUUUGACCAGGUUGGAAUAGACUCCUGCUUGAGCAGGGGGUUGGAUUAGAUGACCUCUGAGGUCCCUUCCAACUCUGUUGUUCUGUAUGCUUCUUUCCCCAGGCGUAUCAAAUCUCUCUUUAUCUAAAAGCGCGUUUUUUAACCAUAUUCUGAGUUCAUUCAGAGCUGUUUUUGAAGUUUGUAAAACCUGGCUGAGCUGUGGACUGCACGUUAAAACCUAGUUUAUGUUCUGUGAACAGAUGUUGGAGGGGUUAAAAAAACUGAUGGCAGAUGUGUGGGCCCUCCCAGGUUGCGCACAUCUGCCCCUAACUAUGAAUAAAAGGCUCUAUUUUAGA